AUGGACGACCCCUCUAACUCCUCCUCCUCCUCCUCUUCCUCCUCCCACUCCUCCACUGCUGUCCCCCCGGCAGAUGGACAGGAUGACCGGGCUGCGGUUCGGCCUGCUCAGGGCUCUCCUGCCUUGCCACCCACCAAAGAACCCCCCCUCUGGGAUCCUUCCUCUUCCCCCUCGCCCUGUCCCGAUGACGUUGUCAUGAGACCCUGCGCCAGUGCGCAAGCCUCCGCGCUCAGCUUGGUCAAGUUCCCCGCCGCCAUCUCGUCCACCUCACAGCUCCAAGCGGAUCCCAGCCCGUCCUUGCCAAAUCCGCCCCAUUUCCCUCUAGGCCUGCCGCUGGCCGAAGAUGGGGUCCAGCCGCAAGACCACAGAGACGAGGACGGUGGGCGCGAGGCCCAGCUCUUCUUUGCUCCCGACGGCUCGGCGUACCUCCUCGCUAAUGGCCACGUUCUCUUACCAAAGGGCUCCCCUGUCACCGCCACUCCUCAAGUGUCCAUUCUCCACAUCCAGGACAGUGGAGGUCCUAACCAAGGCUUUAUGUCUGCUGACCAAAUGUCUCAGAAUACCUCAGCGCCAGGCGAGGUGAUCCCUCAAGGCGCCUUCUACAGUUACCGACUGGCCGGGGCCCCAGCUCAAAGUACAUCUGCCAAAAACGCUGCCACCAAAUCCAAAGAUGACCCCACUUCCCCCGUGGAGAAUGAGGAAGCUCCCCGUGGCCGAGACAAGAUGAUGCCAGGGGGUCCUCUCUGGCUCUGCCUGACAUGCCGCCUCUCAUUCAACCAGGGCCGCACCUUGGCGUCUCAUGCCCGCACGGUGCACGACGUGCAGCUCAGCAACGAGAAACACCAGGACUUGGAUGGAGGGGCUUCGGCUGUGCUCCAGGGCACCGACCUGGGCUUCCUAGAACCAAAUAACCCCACCACCGAGGCAGACCUCAAUGCCAGAAUGUGUAGCAGAUGGGUGAAUGUAAAGGAGGAGGAGGAGGAGGAGGAAGAGGAGGAGGAGGAAAACGAGAAGAGGAGCCCAGAAAGACGAUGCGAGCCAUCAGAUACCAAAGAUUCAAGGGUCGGCGGCACGCACUGGGCAAUCAGGUCCAUGGAGGAGGAACCAGAAGAGAAGAAGGAGAAAGAAGAGGAGGAGGAGGAGAAGGAGGUGGCGACACAACUGGAUAAAAAGAAAAAAGAGAAGGAACUGCUUCCAGACCAAAGUUCACCAGCUACAUCCAGCGCACCCUUGGCUGCUAACACCGCUCCCUCAGAGACACCGCUGACCAAGCCCCCAAAUUCUGACCACACGGGGCCGCCCCAGGAGGACGUCAAUGAAGAGAUGACCACCAACAAGCUCCCAAAGGAAGGACUGAUACACAAGAUCCCUUGUGUGGACCUAGCGGCCGAAAUCAGCAGGGCCGAGUCCGUUUCCAAAGCCAACAGCGUUCCCAAUGACACCAAUCGGACGUGCAUUGGGCUGGCCCGCGACAUCAGCCCCACCGACUUGUCGGACAGCCUGAGUAGCGUAGGGAUGGCCAACGAAGUGGUGACGGUUGGGUUUGAGGUCAACAAUGGACUUGGGAGCAACGGCCACAAUGGUGGAGGAGGACCUUCGCUUAGCUUCGGGGAAGAGUUUACGGCGAUGGCGUACUCGGGGUUGACUUUGUCGGGCCACAUGUCGCUCCUGCAUUCGCGCAACUCCUGCAAGACACUCAAGUGUCCCAAAUGCAACUGGCAUUACAAGUACCAGCAGACUCUGGACGUGCACAUGAAGGAGAAACAUCCGGAGAACAACAGCCACUGCGCCUACUGUAGUACCGGCGGUCCCCACCCACGACUGGCCCGCGGAGAGAGCUACAACUGCGGUUACAAACCCUACCGCUGUGAGGCCUGCAAUUACUCCACCACUACAAAGGGCAACCUCAGCAUCCACAUGCAAUCCGAUAAACACCUGGCCAACCUGCAGGGCUACCAAGCCACGGGAGGCAGCGGACCACCGGUGGCUCCUCCGGUGGCGCCUUCCCCGUCUUCCCCUGAGGAGAAAGAGUCGAAAGGCAAGUCGUCCUGGCAAUGCAAGGUGUGCAGUUACGAGACCAACAUCUCCCGUAACUUACGGAUUCACAUGACGUCCGAGAAGCACAUGCAGAACAUGUUGUUGCUCCAUCAAGGGCUCCCGUUGACCCUACCGGGACUUCUGGGACAACCUCAGACUCCUCCUGGAGGCAAAGCUCAGCCCGAGCUCUUUCCGUUCUAUGGGGCACAGGCUCUAGGCCAUGCCCACCACUCACAUCCCCACCAGGCCCACGCGGGAAGCAACCCACCUCUGCGGGCAGACAAACCCAUGGAGCAACCCCCACUCUUGCUCAACGGAGGCUUCCAACAUCUCAGUGCGGCAGGCCGGAAGAUGGCUACCUUGGGGGCAGCCCCCGCCUCUCUCUCUCCUGAACCUGCUCCCCCCUCCUCACCACCAGCCCAAUCCGGACCCGAUCCGCUGGCCCCCCAGAGAUUGUUCAGCUGCCUGGUGUGCCAAGUCUUCAGCACCGACAGCCUGGACACCCUCCUGCGGCACGCCUCCGCCCCACGCUCCCUGCCCGAAGUGGAAUGGAAAGAAAUUUCCGGGGACCUGCACCGGUGUCGCCUCUGCGCGUACGGCACCCAGUUGAAAGCCAACUUCCAGCUUCACCUGAAGACCGACAAGCACGCCUUGAAAUACCAGCUGGCCGCUCACCUGCGGGAAGGGGGCAGCUUGAGUGCACACCUGGGGGUGGAGCUGCCGCUGGGACCGCCCCUUCACCUGCAUUGCAACCUGUGUGAAUAUGAGACCAACAGCAAGGAAAAAAUUCAACUUCACGCGGCGGGCACCGGCCACCAGGAAGCCCUGCAAGGUUAUAAGUUCCUUCUGGAAAUGGAGACCACCUCGGCAACCCCGCCCGCCACCGAACCCACGCAGUUCCGCUGCCUCCUGUGCAACACGGACUUGCCCAACCGCCUGGCCAUGAUCCAGCAUUUACGCUCGCCCCACCACCGCGAGGCUCACGGCCAGUGGCGCCUCCAGCUCCUGCAGAACGGCGAAGGCACGUUGGGUCUCGAAAGAUACGUCUGCUUUGUGCCCGCCAACGCCACAGGGAAGGAAUCUGUCCCGGAUAGCUUAACCCCUGAAAGAGAAAAGCAGAAUAAAACGUGGAUCGCUGAUUCCGACGAGACCGAAGCCGCAGCUUCUGGCAGCGCGGGGGACACUACGGUCUUCUGCUGCCCCUAUUGCAACUACGCCGACCAAUCAGCCGAAGCCGUGCGGGCCCACACCGUUUCCCAGCAUGCCGUGCAGCCCAAGUUCCAUUGCCCGCUGUGCCAAGAACAGCUGGUCGGCCGGGCGAACCUCCACUUCCACCUCAGCCACGUUCACAACGUGGUGGCCGAAUGUGUGGAGAAGCUGCUGCUGGUGGCCACCACGGUGGAGAUGACCUUCGCCACCAGGGUCGUUCCCGGGGUCUCUGUCCCUCCUGACCCACCCAAAGCGGGUGGGACACUCGGCGUAGAACAAGGGCCUGGUCCGGAAGCCUCCGGCCCCUUUAUUGCACCAGCCGCAGAGGAGAAAGCCUCCCCGACACCGGUACUUUCCCCCGAGACCCCCCCACCCUGUGUCGCCGCCUCCCCACCUCCUAAGGAGCAGUCCGAAAAGUCACUUCCUGCCUCGCCACCCCCACCUCCUCCUCCUCCUCUUCCUCCUCCUCCUCCCGCCGUCACUCCUCAAGAGCCGGACGAGGACGACCCUUUGCAUCCAAACAUGACCCCCGAAGAGCCGCCGCCGCCAGCCCCUCUCCUCGUGGACCCUCCCGAGGCCUCUCCACCCGUCCUGCCUAACCUGGAUUCCCGGCACCCACUCUCCUACCGCAAGGCGACCAAUUUCGCCUUGGACAAAUUCUUGGAUCCCGCCCGUCCCUACAAAUGCACCGUUUGCAAAGAGUCCUUCACGCAGAAGAACAUCCUGCUGGUGCACUACAAUUCGGUCUCCCAUCUCCACAAGAUGAAAAAGGCCUCAGCUGACCCUUCCGUGUCAUCGCGGGGGGAGCCCGGCGCCCCCGGGGCUCUCCAGCCCUCUUCGGACAAACCGUACAAGUGCACCACCUGCCGGGUCUCUUACAACCAGAGCUCCACUCUGGAGAUCCACAUGCGCUCCGUGUUGCACCAGACGCGCUCCCGCGUGGCCAAGAUGGAAGCGGCGGGCAAGGCGGACGUGUCCCCUGCUGAGUUGGAGCCUCCCAACGACACCCCUCUGGAAAGCGAGGCCCCCAGCUGCGUCCAGGUGCCUGCCCUCCCCUUUCUCACCCCGCCUGCAGCAGAACUGCCCCGCUUCCCGACGCCUCUUUUCACCCCACCCCUGCUGCCCCCUUUUCCUCUGGUGCCGGAGUCCCUUCUUAAACUGCAGCAACAACAGCAGCAGCUGCUGCUCCCCUUUUAUUUACAUGACCUGAAGGUGGCCCCCAAACUGGCCUUAGCCACGCCAACCCUGACCCUCCCCACCCCGUCGCCUGUCCUGCUCCCACCCCUGCCCCCCAAAGAAGAACCGGCCCCCGCAGCCGCGAGUAGCUCCAAGGUGGAGGCAGCCGAAGAGACUGAAGGAGAAGAAGUAGACGGAAGUCAAGCCGGGAACGAGGCUUCUCGCACGGCAGCCAAAGUCCUUCUAGAGAAUUUCGGCUUCGAGCUAGUGAUCCAGUACAACGAGGGCAAACAAACCACCACCGUGCCCCCGGCUGUGCCCCUGCGUCCCCCCACGGGCAAGCUGCAAUGCGGCACUUGUGGGAAACAGUUCUCUAACAUGCUCAUCCUGAAAACCCACGAGGAGCACGUGCACCGGCGGUUCCUGCCCUUCGAGGCACUCAAUCGCUACGCUGUGCAGUUCCGGAAGAGUUACGACAGCAUGUAUCCCCCCCCUCCUCCUGUGCUCCCAAUUGAGACAACUGCGAUCACCACAACUGCAGCAGCAGCAGCAGCUGUUUCAACCGUCACCACCACCGUCCUGGAGAAUACCACCGUCACUGUGACGCAAUCCUCCCUGCCGCUGGAGAUUCCCUCUCUCUGCCCUCCGUUUUUGAUGCAACCCUUGCCGGUAGUCAUGCCCCCACCAGAAAGCGAGACUCCCUGUGUACCUCCUGAAUGCCUGAAGUCUCUCUGGUUUCGAGGGGAGGAAGAGGAAGGUAAGAGCGCAUCGUCUGGAGUUCUGGAUCUUCCCCGCGGGAGCUUCCCUGUAACCCGGCGUUUCUCCCGUACCAAAUUCACCGAGUUCCAGUCGCAGGCGCUGCAGUCCUUCUUUGAGUCGAGUGCUUAUCCCAAAGAUGGUGAGGUGGAGCGUUUGUCUGCCCUCUUGGGGUUGCCCAAUCGGGUCAUCGUGGUCUGGUUCCAAAAUGCUCGCCAGAAAGCCCGAAAGAGCAGUGGGAACGAAGCGAGCAUGGGCAACUGUGGAAACACUGCAGUGCAGCCGUCUUGUAAGAAGUGUCGGACAGCCUUCCGCUGCAUCUUUGAGCUGAUGCGCCACCUGAAGAAGUGUUACAACGAUAAGCUGGAUGAGGGGGAAGAAGAUGGAGGUGAGGAAGAGAAUGAAGGGCCGGAGGAGGAGGAGGAGGAAGAGGAAGGGGACGAGAAACGAGAAAUUUUGGACCCUAGUGGGGACAUUAAGACAGAUGGUAUUGGAGACAAACCUGUGGAAGAAGAGCAGCCUGUCCACUCGGUACCCCCAGAUAUUUCUAAGAACUACCCCUGUGAUCAGUGCACCGCCGUAUUCUCAAGCAGCGACCUCCUCAAUAUCCACCGCAUUAGUCACCUGCCCGCAGCUGGCCCUCCCUUGGCUUCGACUGGUCCUCAACCUCCCCUCGACACGACCCCAUUAGUAUUUGGCGACCGCCCGGUGAAUCCAGAUCCUUCACGCGCACAAAAGCGAAAACACGAGGAUGGGACCUUGUCUCCCACCGGAAGCGAAACUGCCAGUGUUGUCGGGGGAGAUAAUGAGCCACCCAGGGACAAGCGUCUCCGUACCACCAUUUUGCCUGAGCAACUGGAGAUCCUCUACCGCUGGUACAUGCAAGAUUCGAAUCCCACCCGGAAAAUGCUCGACUGCAUCUCUGAGGAAGUUGGGCUGAAAAAGAGAGUGGUCCAGGUGUGGUUCCAGAACACACGAGCUCGUGAGCGAAAGGGCCAGUUCCGCUGUAAUGCCAGUGUCACCACUCCAACCAGCAAGCCUCCACCAGCACAACCCAACACUUUCCCAAAGUUCAACCCUCCACCACGGGACACCCCUGUCCAUUAUGGUGGGUCCUUCACACCCAACCUCCCUGUGGUUAACCUCCAGCCCCUUCUAACUAAGCCAGAAGUUGUCAUGGAACCACAGAGCCUGGAAGAAAUGGCUGAAGAAGUCCCCAAGGAGCACGAAGACCGAAGCUUGUCUGGAGGAGAGCUGAGCGAUUCUUCCUCCUCUUCCUCCUCGGCUGACCUGGACUUCUCCGGUGGCCACCGGAAUCGAAUGAUGGAUGGAGGUUCUGGUGAGUUUCACGAUCCUUUCGGGCAGAGACGGUAUCGUACCCAGAUGUCCAGCCUCCAGCUGAAGAUCAUGAAGGUGUGCUAUGGGAUCUAUCGAACCCCAACCAUGCAGGAGUGCGAGGUGCUGGGGGAGGAGAUAGGACUCCCCAAGCGGGUGAUCCAGGUGUGGUUUCAGAACGCGCGGGCGAAAGAGAAAAAGGCCAAGGCUGCUUCCGGCGGGACCAGUGGCGGUGACGAGGCCCCCUCCGCUGCUCAGUCUCAAUCUGAAUGCCCCUACUGUGACGUCAAGUACGAUUUCUACGUCUCUUGUCGUGGGCACCUCUUUUCUCGUGGCCACCUAGCUCGGCUAAAGGAGGCCAUCAAAUCCCAGCUCAAGAGUGAGAGCAAGUGCUACGAGCUGGUGUCAGAGAAAGGAGCACCUUCCCCAACCAGGCUGGGAGUGCCGGUGACUCCUACAGCCGUAUCAUCUUCUCUUGGGACCAAGCCCCCCUUUGUGCCAGGCACGCCUGCUUCCUCUGCGGGGAUCCUGAGCUCCCCUUUGACCUCCUCCCAGCCAGGCCUCUCCUUACCUCAGCAUCUGCCGCCCGAAUCUGGCCAGGUCGGCCCCUUAACUGAGCCUGCUCCUGCUCCCGAGACCUCCCCAAGUGACAGUCAGGCUGAACUGACUCCAAAUUCGGUCCAGGAGCCCUCCUUGUCCUCUGCUGCCACGCUGAAGAACCUCAAGACGUUGAAGGCAGCGGUGCCGGCCCUGCUGGGAGGCCAGUUCCUGCCCUUCCCAUUGCCAGCAGCGGCCACUGCAGCCGCAGCCGCCCCCUCUCUUUUCGGAGCGCAACUGCCCGGGGCGUACUUUCAGCAGCUCUACGGCAUGAAGAAGGGGCUAUUCCCCAUGAACCCCGUCAUACCUCAGACACUUAUGGGGCUGCUGCCCAGCCCCCUGCUCCCAACACCCACACCUGAGCCCCCCGUCGAGGUGUCCGAGGCCCCCGGCAUCUCUACAGUCGACGUGACCCACCAGUACCUUUGUCGCCAGUGCAAGGCCGCCUUUGAGAGCGAGGGGGCAGCUGUCGCCCAUCAAGCCGCGCUCUGCUACUUUGGGCGCCAGUCGCCAGCCGCACCACCUCCGCUGCGCAUGCCCGUGUGCACCUACCACUGCUUGGCCUGCGAGGUCCUCGUGAGUGGCCGGGAGGCGCUGGGAGCCCACCUGCGCUCCAGCGCUCACCGGCGCAAGGCCGGCUCCACCACAGCAACCGCAUCGGUGUUUGCCAAAGAGGAAUCCAAAUUACCUCACUCGGACUCCAAUCCAAAAAGUAACUCUACCUCUACGACACUACUAGCUUUAUAG